CAAACAAAUAGAAAAAUCGCUUUUACGUUUUUAUUAUUCUCUUACAAAAUGUCUGAUUACUCUAACUAUAACCUUGGCGGCGCCUCCGAUCUUAGCAGCAAGAAGCAAGAAGUCAUGGACCAAGUCCGUGGUGAGCUCGCACUUGCCAAUGCUCAAGAAUUGAUUAACAAAAUCAACGAAAAGUGCUACUUGAAGUGCGUUCCCAAGCCCGGCUCUCGUUUGGACAGUGGUGAACAGGCUUGCUUGUCCAAGUGCAUGGACCGCUAUAUGGAGGCUUGGAAUGUCGUCUCUCGCUCAUACGUUGCCAGAAUUCAGCGCGAGUCACAGAACCAAGGCAUGGCUGGAGGCUUGUAAAUUGGUUUGAUGAUUGCGCUGCGCUAGAAUCUCGUAAGACACCUGCGAUGAUUUCGUCAAUGUCCAAAGGACAAAUGCACAUAAAAAUAUGAAAAACGACCCGCCAUCAAAUCCCAUAUAGAAAUCACCAAUAAAAAAAAAGCACCAUCUACAGUAUUUACACAGUCUCUUUCAUUUCUUUUGUUUUCAUUUCCGGCGCAGGUAGGUUUUGUAAUUCGACACUAAGCUAUAUGGAAAGGGGGUGAAUGCUAUAUUAUGGGAUGGCCCGUCGAUUUGGACUCGCCAAGGUCGCUAGAUUGACUUAGUAGGAAGUCGGUAUUAUUUGCUUGCUCUGCGACAAUGCGAAAGAGAGACGCUGCUCCUCUAUGACGUGAAAACUCGAUGCAGAAUGAUUGUAUUUCAAUGAGAAAAUCCGAAAUGUUGAUAACAUUAUUCCGUAACAAUGAUUGUAUAAACACCGAUACCUAGAGA